AUGGAUGACAACAUAGAUCCAGUUGAUUGGGAAGAAGAUAUUAAUGAUAUUCUAUCAGAUACGUUUGAAGAGGAGGACCAACCAACAACUUUGACAGACCUUACCGAUGCAAAGUUACACCCUUUACAGACGCUCUAUAUUGAAUAUAUAGAUGACCUUCCUGAGUAUCCAAAGACUCAUAUCAAUGGUCAUACGUAUAUCAUUGCAGCAGAUAAAAUGUCACAAUCGGAGGCGGAGCAACGAGUUCAAGACCCAAGUCUUCGACUUCUUUAUCAUACAUACCUUGAUGAAAAAGCAUGGCAAGAAAUCCAAACAAUUCGGAAAGAUAUUGACCUUGUUGAAAAUGAUAUUCGGAAGAGGAAUGCAUUCAGUCUUUAUCGCUCGAAGAAGAGAUUCUUCAACAGUGGCAAAGCUUGUAUCGAAAACCUUUCAAGCUGUGCGCCUGUAUUUCGAAAAUCUUUCUACCCGGACAUCAAUAAUAAGCACCAUCCAUAUAUUAGCUGCAUAAAUAGCGCACCAGGUCCUCUACAGAAACAUUAUCACAGCUCUCUGAAAGGCCAUACAUCAAUUGAUCUUGAAUUCUUAGAGCGGUUAUUUAAUGAGUCCAUUCUCCCGUCGCAGGAGGAGUGUGCUGUUAUUGAACCACUAACAACACGGCGCAAAUUCUGUGUUAAUAUUCAGGAAACUCCCUAUAUCCUCUUUACUUCACAUGGAAUUCAUCAACAUCCUCCACCACCACCACACAAGCCACCGGAGCAGAUUUUGAAAGGGAUUGAAUCAAUAAUUAGAAAUAUGCGGAAUCCAAGCCUAACCCUUGUUACCAACUACUCAAUAGCAAAAUUCCUACGAAGUCCUGAGUUAGAGGCUUUUUGUCAACAGUAUAAUGCUUCUACACCAGCUGAAAUACACGCCUCCCUUUCCAAUAUUGACAGAAUAUCUGCCAUUAUACAGAAACAACGUUUACUUACAUAUCCCGAAGGCCAGGAUUUCAAUGGUGUGGUAUACAUAUCUAACAUAAACCCUACCUUGAAGCAAUAUAUCCAGGAGAAAUACCGUGAUCCUGAUGGCAUCAUGAUAUUAUGUGCCUAUAAGGAGCAGAUCAUGCUUCUAAACAAGUUAACCUCAUUUGAAGUUGAUAUGUCCUACAAAAGGAUAAGACAAAAAAACAUGAAUGAGGUAGUUUUUGCAACCUACCUACAUGAGCACGGGAAAAGUCAACCUGUGGAAUUUAAUUCUAUCCAUGGAAAUGGAAUAUCUGGAAUUAUUGUUGACAUGGACACGAAACAAUAUGCUGGCGUGUGGAGUCGCAUGGCAAGUCUGGUUGAUUGUAAAUCAGAGGAGGAUUAUGAUCAGUUAUGUGACUUACUUGCAGCAUAUGAGGACCCAAAAAUUCAGAAUUGGGCUCUCCAUAAAAAGAAUGCAGUUAUUAAAGCUGGGCUUAACAAAAACUGCUCUAGGAUUCCAUCAUCUUUGUAUGAUUCUAUAUGGAAUCAUACUAAUUCAGCAGAGCAGUCACACCAUAAAGCAAAUGCUGGUGGUAAACAGCUUUCAUUAAUUGAGGCUGUUCAGAACUCUGCAAAGCUUGACAAGCAAGAUAUUAUUCAGUAUCAAAACCGUGACUACUUUGGAGUUCAUCACUCGUAUAGGACAGCGAAUAUGGAAGCUAAUUACCUACGCCAUUUAGCUCGUGAAGAAUCUCGAAAACGCCGUCGGUCAUCAUCAGCACAUUUAUCUUCACGAUCUGGUCGUCAUCUUCUUCAGAAAGCCUUAUAA